CGGCUUCUCUACCUAGGCGCAUGCGCAGUGUAAGGUACGCGCCUCCUCAGGCGCGCGGCGUGGGGUUGCUUGCGUCUCUCAGCGGGCGGAAGCGCAGUCCGACGUGACGCUGGUUCCGGUCGCGAGGGGCUUCCUGGUCGCAGCAGGCAGCGCUAGUUUGUAGAAGCAAAAUAUUUUCCAUGAUGUUUGGAGAAUUUGAUGAUAUAGAAGCAAUUGAAGAUGAUCUGUACUGUGAAGAUUCUUCUAGUGAAACAAGUAUUGAUAGUGAAGUAGAAUUUCAUCUUUACAGUCAAAUCCAUUAUGCUCAAGACCUUGAGGAUGUGAAUGGGAAAGAAGAAACUAACAAAACCAGACCUGUUACAAAGCAGAGCUCAGUGCAUAAACAUGAUCAGAGAAGCAACUUUAUUGUGAUUUCAGAUAGUGAAAUUCAUACUUCAGAUAGUGCAGAUGUCAUAAUCUUGUCUGAUACCCCUGAUGAAGACAGCAUUUACAAAAACAAACUCCAAAACCCAUCAACAUCAGCAAAAUCAUCUAAUUUUUCUGAGUCCAUCUCAUCAAAACCAACUGCAGACCUUCUACAUGAGACCAAGAAUUCAAAGAAACAGGUUACUCCAAGAAGGGAGAACAAGUCUAAUCAAAAGGCUGUCUCUGUUCACCGUGAUGGUAUCCAUAUGAUCCAUAAGAUCUUAGUAAUAGAAGACAGCUCUAACGAUGAGGAUGCAGAUGAUGUGGCAAGUAUCCCCUCUGACAGUGAUAAUUUGGAGAGGUGGAUGCUGUUGGGAGGAGAGAAAGAUGAUGGAGAUGAUGACAUUCUUUUAAAUCUUGAGGGCUGUGGAACUGCAGCUGGUGAAGGAGAAAGUGGAAUAGGCUGGGCCAUCAGUGAUAAAGACUUAGAGGCCCAGAUUGGUAACUAUGUUCCAGUACGGCGUAACAACCGAUACUACACACUAGACAAAAAUGUCACUUGUAGAAAUUGUGAUAAACGAGGCCAUUUAUCAAAAAAUUGUCCUGCUCCAAAGAAAAUUCCACCUUGUUGUCUCUGUUCACAAAGGGGUCACUUGCAAAACAGCUGUCCAGCACGAUUUUGUUUAAAUUGUUGCUUGCCUGGACACUGUUCUAGAGAGUGCCUUGAGAGAGAGUACUGGAGGAAACAUUGCAACCGCUGUGCUAUGAGAGGUCAUUAUGCAGAUGCUUGCCCAGAAAUAUGGAGGCAGUAUCACCUAACAACAAAACCAGGACCACUAAAGAGGGCAGAUUUUUCUUCUGAUCAUUCUCCUUCAAUGUACUGUUACAACUGUGGAGAGGAAGGCCAUUAUGGAUAUGAAUGCAGAGAAAAGCGGAUGUUUGGAGGAACAUUUCCUACCUUCCCUUUCAUUUAUUACUAUGAUAAUGAAUAUGAUAUCAAGAUGAAUGGUGAGAGAGCAAGAAAAAGAGUGCAAGAACUUCAGGAAGCUGGCCUUCUGCCGAUGUCUCUAAAGAGACCCCAAAUGGACAGUGACCAGAAAGGGCACAGCCACAAGAAAAGGAGGAAAACGUCAAAGGAGCAUGACAAGAGAAGUGAUAAGCAUCAUAAAAAGUUGAAGAAAAAAUACCAUGUGGACACACUCAAAGGAAGGAAGCAUCGGAAAGAAGACCAUGGUGGCAACUAUAGCCUAGAAGAAGACUUUCCCAGAGGCGGUCAUGUGAAUACUUUUAGAAAGAGCAGAAGAGCAAGUACUCACUGCAACUUUGACCUCCCAAGAAACAGGGGCAAAGCAAACAUCGUUCAGUCUUCUCUGGGGUCUGCCAAAGAUCAGAAGAAGAAGAAAAAGAAAAAGAAGCAGAAACAGAAAAGCUACACAAGCAGUAGUCCCACAAGGGAUGAAAGUUUGUUUCUUAUAAAGCAAAGAAAAAAGAAGUCAAAAGAGAAACCGAGUUCCUGAACUGACAAAAGUUGACAUUGGGGAUUGGGACUUAAGGCAUGGCUUUGACAUUCUGCCUCUCCAAGUCCAGCAAGACAGUGGGGCACUAAACGGUCUCUAUAUAGACUGGAGAACAUUAGGAGAGAGUUCCCCUGUGCCAUUCCAGGAACAUGGUAUUUUGGUUGUGACAAUAAAUGAUUAUUGUAUACAACAAUGCUUAAGUACUGAUAGUUUCGGCAAAUCCUGUAUUUGAAUUGAAUUUUGGUGGGAAGGGAAACUUUGUGGGGGACAAGGAUAAAGAGUAAGUGAGAACAAAAGGUAAACUGGUAUUCUGUGUAGCAUCCAGACAUUUUGGUAAAUGCUGGUAUAUGUUAAAGCACUUCUUGGAACAUGUAGUUCAUUGCAUGCUGACUUUAAAAAAGGGUAAACAAAUAGGCCACCUCACAGAUUGGACAAAAGUGGUCAGAGAGGCAGCACAAAGGAAUCUAUGCCUACAGGCCAGUCUAUGUAUUACCCAAGUAUCAUAAGCUCCGACCAUGAAAGUUGCUUCACACUGUGACACUGUUUUCUGAGAAAUGUUUGUAAUAGUUCUAGAAAAUGGGGAGAGAGGAUGCAGGAAAGUUCACUUUUACCAUCCAGUUUAUUGUUCUGCCUGAAUCUGUCAAGAAGUAGCUAUCUUAUUGCUAGUGGCAGUCUUCUGCUUUAGAUAAUAUACAGAUGUCACUGCUGGUUUGAUUAGCAAGCCAGGUAAAUGAGAGCAUGUCCUUUUUGCUCUCUCUUCCUUUCCUUUCCUUUCCUUUCCUUUCUUUUCAUUGUUUCUUUAAAAUAGGAAGGCUUCAGUCCUGAAAUCAGUCCUGAAAUUUGUACAACUAAGAUGUCCAGUAUUUAAAAUAUAUAUAGUCAUGUAUAAAUUUUACCUGUUUUCAGAAUAAAUUGUUUUGUAAUUUAAA